ACUGGACGGACAUAUCAUGUAGAAGUUCCCCUGGGCAAGCCGAGCUUCGUUGUAUGUUAUCGGAAACGUACUACACCGACUAACAACAGCGUGAUAUGGCUCACGGUCGGCAGGCAGGCUGGAUUCAGGACGAGGAGGAGUAUAGUAGCGUUCACAAGUCCUACGAGUUCAUGCACCUACCUAAAAGCGCGGACCACAAAACCGAAUUCGCAAAGGAGGAACAAGAGAUCCUAGAGCAACUUUACAAAGGAUGGCUGCGCUACUGGAACAAAGAGUCUAUGCACGACCCCGGUGCCAAUCAAUCACGCAGAUUCUAUGACUUCGGAGAGAUGCUCAGCUAUGAUAUGUUCGGAACUACUUUACGUGGGAAGUUUGUUGAACAUUUUGAGAAUGUUUUUCCUUACUAUGUCGAUGGUCAGAUGGAGUAUAAAGACCUCGAGAUUGUUGUUCUUUCCCCAACCCACGCGUACUCGACAUGCUACCAGCACACCUGGGGGAAAGCCGGUGGAGAUCCAUUCAACAUUACGUUCCGAAGGACGGGAAUCGCAAGGAAGAAGGAUGGCCAGUGGAAGUGGAUCCAUGAGCACCUUUCUUUUCCUGUGAACAUGGCUACGAGGCAGGCGGACUACAAUUGUGACAGCAAUGCGCUGGAUUCUUUCAAAUUCCAGGAAUGA